AAGUUAAUGCGAAGAACAGGGUAGGUGGGUAUUAAACUCACAAUAUGUUCUAAAUUACUACUUGUACAAUAUUGAUGACAAUUUAUUUACUGUUCUUCACCGAACAAAAAUCAUUUAUCAAUUAUCAUACGAACCUCCCCAAUCUUCCAAUAAUUGGGUUUUUUGGGGUUAAUUCUUCUUCUUCUUCAAUCAUCGUAGAUUUCAAAUAAAUCUGGGUUAAAUUUUAUAGUUUGAGAUUGUUAUAAUUAUAUCAAUGGCUUUGGAUUUUGAAUCAUUAACAGAGGCGACUUCUGGAGCCAUUGGAGCUCUUGUUAGCACCACCGUCUUGUACCCUUUAGAUACUUGUAAAACUAAGUAUCAAGCUGAAGCUCGUUCUCAUCAUCAGCAAAGAUACAGGCACCUUUCUGAUGUAUUAUGGGAAGCUAUUCGUAAUGGUCAAGUUCUUUCAUUAUAUCAGGGUUUAGGGACAAAGAACUUCCAAUCUGUUAUACAACAGUUUAUUUAUUUUUAUGGGUACAGCUUUUUAAAGAGGCUUUACCUGAAGAAAAGUAAUUUCAAGUCUAUGGGCACAAAAGCAAAUUUGAUUGUUGCUGCUGCCGCUGGGGCUUUAACUGUCGUCAUUACACAGCCUUUGGAUACGGCAUCAUCCAAGAUGCAAACUAGCGAGUUUGGAAAGGCAAAAGGGUUCUGGAAGACCCUUACUGAAGGGAAUUGGAGUGGUGCUUUUGAUGGCCUUGGCAUCUCUCUCCUAUUGACUGCGAAUCCAUCUAUUCAGUACACUGUUUUUGACCAGCUCAAAAACAAACUCCUGAUAACCAAAAACAAAAAUUCUGACUCAUCCCCACACGCUCUCUCUGCUUCUACUGCCUUUUUGUUGGGGGCUCUCUCCAAGACUAUUGCCACCUGCUUGACUUAUCCGGCUAUUAGGUGUAAGGUUGUGAUUCAGGCAGCGGAGAUAGAGGAAGAAAAGCUUCCAUAUGCACAAAAGAAAGCCAGUAAAACUAUCUCAAGAAUAUUCUGUAACAUCUGGAAAAAUGAAGGAAUUCUUGGGUUUUACAAGGGUUUACAUGCCCAAAUUUUGAAGACUGUUUUGAGCUCUGCCCUGCUUCUGAUGAUUAAGGAGAAGAUCACAAAGACUACUUGGGUCAUGAUGCUUGCUCUGAAAAGAUACCUAUUGACAACUAAUGCGAAAUUGAAAAGUACUUGAGUUCUAUUGUGCAAUCAGUAAAAUUAUUUCGGGUGGAAUUAUUGUGUAUAUAACGAAGUCUUCUCUAGGCUGUGAGGCUUAGAAGGAUUUGUCAAUAAUGCAGAAGAGAUCAGUGGACGGCGAAUGCCCCCUCUACAGGUCCUAAACUCAAUACUAGCAGCAUGAUUUGUUUGUUUAUCCUUGUAAUAUUUAUGAAUGUGAUUCUUUGUAGCCCUAAGGUCAAAAUAUGUAGGAAUGAUUUGAAACUAUGUGACUAUUGCACUCUCCUUUUUGGCCCUAUGAAACAGCUUGUUAUUGCUUGCAGUUUGAACGUUUAUUUUAUGGAAAGUUUGAUCAAGUACAUUCACUGAUCCAGAUAUAAAAGUCCUGGAAUUUAUUUUA